AUGUUAAUUAGUAUACUUAUUACAUUAUUAAGUUAUAUUCAUAUUAGUGAAGGGUUAUUUCAAUGUAAAAAACUUGGUGAAACAUGUCAUAAAACACCAUUCGAUCGUUGUUGCGGUAAAAAUGCUUGUCAAUUAAAAGGUUGGAAAGGAAAAUGUGUUCCAUGUUUAAGCACUGGAGAUAGAUGCUUAAGAAGUAGAGAAUGUUGUAACGGUAAAUGUGUUUUCUUUAAAUGUAAAAAUAAGUGA